GGUGUGUGCUGUGCCGUGGGCUAGGAAAGGUUUACUUGGUUGCCUGGGGAGGGAUCUCAUCUUGUGCUGCCCAGUCCGCUGAUUAACGUGCCCUUGCAGUGUAUUCAUUGUGUGUGUGCACCAGACCUUCUAAAAUUUUCCACAAGUAGUAUAUGGCCCGAUACCUCUCCCUUCUUCUUAGUUGGUCACAACCGAGAGAGCCUGGGUUCGAUUCCCGGGCGGAGUGGAAAAAUUUGGGCGGCUUUUCCGAUACCCUACGCCCCUGUCCACCCAGCAGUGUACCAGCGUGAAGAUGUCAGGUCGCAACGCUUUGGUGGAGCGGCGCACCUUCCAGAACGCCAACCAGGUGGUGGAGUUGACCAUACGCACCAUUCCCAAGGCUCAACACCACCAGCGAGGACGUCAACACCGGUCACCAACACCACCACCACCUUUCACUCGUAACUGCUGCAACAAGAACAACAAGAACAAGAACAACAACACCCUGAAACACACCACCACUCAACACCAACCACCACCAACAUGUCAACACCAUUCACCACCACCACCACCACCAUUGAAGCCACAUUUCCACACCACCACCUCCACCAACACCAGGGCAGCCAGUAGGGUCAACACGAAGGUCGACGCUCCCCCCAAGAGGUCAAAGGUCACUGUGGAGGUCCGCCAGAAAAGGUCAUCUUCGGAAGGUCAAAAUAAUGUCGUGAUGGUCGGAGGAAGGGAGGAGGCAUGUUCUUCCUCCUCCUCCUCCUUCUCUUCCUCUUCGUCUUCAAGGAGGAGGAAGAAAGAGAGAGAGAGGAGGAUUGAGGAAUAUAUCAUUGAAUCUGACCCACCUCCUCCUCCUCCUCCUUCUUCACCUCCUCCUCCUCUUCCUCCUCCUUCUUCACCUCCUCCUCCUCUUCUUCCUUCCUCUGCUCCUCCUCCUCCCUCCUCCUCGGACAACCACACACCGCUUGAGAAUGAUCAUCGUCAGCAGCAGCAACACAACGCUCGGCUCCUCUCAGAUGACACAACACCGUCACCCUUCGGAGCUAGUGCCCUGGGGUACCUGCGGCAGCUUAGGACACUGCUGGAGGCCCGGGGGGUGAGUGACGGGGGGGCACUGGUGGGGGUCAUCGAGGCCCUCAUAUCAGGUCAGGGGUCGGCCGGAGGGGUCGGGGGGCCACCUCCACCCCUUGACCUCUGCCCCACACCUGUUACUGCUACCACUAUUACUACUACUGCUACUGCUACUACUGCUACCCCUGCUACUACUACUACUGCUACCCCUGCCACUGCUACUACUUCAGGGGAUGAGGUUGAUAGUAAUAGUCUUUUGAGGGAGGUCAAGAGGCAGAAAGAGGUCAUAUCACACCAAGAGAAGGUUAUCAAUGACCUCCGCCACCUCAGUUCACAGCUCAUCGCUCAGCAGGAGAAGAUCAUGGGCUUCCAACGCCAAACACCCACAAGAGAGGAAGAGGAGGAAGAAGAGAAGAAAAAGAAGAAGAAGGAGGAGGAGGAGAAGAGAGAGGAGAGAGAAGAAAACCGGAAACUCCUCCAUGAGAACCGUCGUCUCCGAGAGCAAAUUGUGAACUUGGAGAUUAGCCGAACAAGAGCUGACCUUCAACACCAGCGCACAACACCACCACCACCCACCACCGCAGCACCACCAACACCACCACAGAAGCUGACCCGUUCACAGAAUUUACCGCACAGUGAACGCACCCACACCGACGCACUUCCGCCCCAUUCCAUAAUAGGUCAAUCUGUCCCUCCUGUCCGCCCUAACACACAUACUGUCCCGUCCCAUAUGCGUUCUGACCCCAUACCAGACAACACGGCCUCCACCCAUUCCCAGGCAGUCCCCGCUCCCCCGCAGCCCUCUUCCACUCGCUCCGCUGUCCCCCAUUCCGCUAAAUCCAGCUCGGAAAGUGAGGUGGAUUCUGCUUAUGGUAGAACAGACUCUUGCCUGACUUCUAAGACGUCAACGCCAUCUCAUCGCCCUGGGACGUAUUCGAGUGCUGUUUUAGGGUGCCAAGGGGUGCCGGAGGGGAGGGAAGACGUGGAGGAGGUGGAGGAAAGUGGAGGGGAGGUGGAGGGAACUGUGGAAGGUGGAGGAAGGGAGGAUAAGGAAAAUACCUUAGAAUCAGGGAGAGAAGGGAGGGAAAUGGAGAGAGAGAAAGAGAGAAGGAGAGAUUGGAGAGAGGAGAGAAGGGAGGAAACUGGAGGAGAGGUGGAGAGAGAGAGGAAAGAAUGGAGGAGGAGAGAGAAAGUACGGAGGAGGAAAAAUUGGAGGGAAGAGGAAAGCAGUAGCGACAUGGAGAGAAGGAGAGAGAAUGGAGGGAAGAAAGUGGAGGAAAGGGAGGGAGAGAGGAGGAAAAAUUGGAGGGAAGAGGAAAGCAGUAGCGACAUGGAGAGAAGGAGAGAGAAUGGAGGGAAGAAAGUGGAGGAAAGGGAGGGAGAGAGGAGGAAAAAUUGGAGAGAGGAGGAAACCAGUAGCGACAUGGAGAGAAGGAGAGAGAAUGGAGGGAAGAAAGUGGAGGAAAGGGAGGGAGAGAUGGAGAGAAGGAGAGAGAAUGGAGGGAAGAAAGUGGAGGAAAGGGAGGGAGAGAGGAGGAAAAAUUGGAGAGAGGAGGAAACCAGUAGAGAUAUGGAGAGAAGGAGAGAGAAUGGAGGGAAGAAAGUGGAGAAAGAGAGGAGAGAAGGAGAGAGAAUGGAGGGAAGAAAGUGGAGGAAAGGGAGGGAGAGAGGAGGAAAAAUUGGAGAGAGGAGGAAACCAGUAGAGAUAUGGAGAGACCAUUUCAACACCAGAGCUUCAUCACCACUCAACCACCACCAACAACAACACCACUCAACACCACAACACUCACAACAACACCACUCAACACCACAACACUCACAACAACACCACUCAACACCACAACACUCACAACACACCCUAUAUCCACCACCACCCUCCUGUCACCUCCACAACACCAGAGCUUCAUCACCACUCAACCACCACCACCAGUCAACACCACGACACUCACCACUCACCCUAUACUGUCAUCACCACCUUCGGACACCACCACCACCCGAGCAGAACGCAAGAAAAACAAAAAAAAGGUCAUCGAUGUGGUACUACAGCUAAACGACCUUAACCUCAGACGACCCAAGCUGCUCCCUGACAUCAGCGACCUUUCCUCCCUAAGCUCCAUGGGCGACUACAACCCCAGCGACCUUAGGGACCUUAUAAGCAGCCGGUCAACGCAAGAGAGCUCAUUUUUAGAAGGCAUUUACGGACGACACACUCGCACUAUAACCCCAAUGGACACAGACUCAGGGGGCUCCAGGCACUCCUCGCGGCACUCCCGGCCUGGCACUGGGCUAAUAAUGGAGUCGACGCGAGUGCCAAAUAGUGCCAAGGUCAGGGACAGCUCCAGGUCGACUUUUGCGAGGCUGGACCCCGCCACGCCUUCGAUCGAGGAGUUGAGAAGCAUGGUGGAUUUGCUUCCCUGAGGUUAGGGUGUUCGUGUGUGUGUGUGUGUGUAGGUUUUUAAAGUAUAUAUGUAUGUGUUUGGAUCAGGAUGUGUGUGUGUGUGUGUGUGUGUGUGUGUGUGUGUGUGUGUGUGUGUGUGUGUUUUAUUGCUAACAUCAUUUUUUGGCAUGAAUUUGAUGUAUAUGAAUGUGUGUGUGUGUGUGUGUGUGUGUGUGUUUGUUUGUUUGUUUGUUUGUAAUUUCUUCUUAUAUUGCUAAAAUCAUUUUUGAGGCACUAAUUUGAUGUGUAUGAAUGUGUGUGUGUGUGUGUGUGUGUGUGUGUUUGUAAUUUCUUCUUAUAUUGCUAACAUCAUUUUUGAGGCACUAAUUUGAUGUGUAUUAAUGUAUGUGUGUGUGUGUGUGUGUGUGUGUGUGUGUGUGUGUGUGUGUGUAAUUUCUUCUACAUACACCCUAUACACCCAUACAUACUGCCAGGGUGAUAGAGCAAGUGUGAGGUGGUCAGCAGAGUUUUAUUUAAAGUAAGUAGGCCUAUAUAUUGAUCUACAGUUCACAGUAUAAAAAUAAUGUUAAAAUCUAUGCCUAUUUUUUAUUGCUAUGCUCGAGAUGUAGAAAAAAUGGUGGAUUACAAGUCCGAGGUUUACAUAGAGUUUUGUUAUGAAUAAUCUCACCGGGGAAACUAACGUAGAAAUAUAUUUAUAGUGUUGAAGGUACAUGUUGUUGUUGUUGUUGUUGUUAAGCUAAAAAAUGGUACUGAGAAUUAGGGGGUAUGUUUAAAAUAAUACACACACACACACACACACACACACAUCAAAUUCGUGCCUAAAAAAUGAUGUUAGCAAUAAAAGAAGAAAUUACACACACACACACACACACACACACACACAUCAAAUUCGUGCCUAAAAAAUGAUGUUAGAUUUAUUGCUAACAUCAUUUUUUAGGCACGAAUUUGAUGUGUGUGUGUGUAUUAUUUUAAACAUACCCCCUAAUUCUCCGUAACAUUUUUUACCUUAACAACAACAACAACAACAUGUACCUUCAACACUAUAAAUAUAUUUCUACGUUAGUUUCCCCGGUGAGAUUAUUCAUAACAAAACUCUAUGUAAACCUCGGACUUGUAAUCCACCAUUUUUUCUACAUCUCGAGCAUAGCAAUAAAAAAUAGGCAUAGAUUUUAACAUUAUUUUUAUACUGUGAACUGUAGAUCAAUAUAUAGGCCUACUUACUUUAAAUAAAACUCUGCUGACCACCUCACACUUGCUCUAUCACCCUGGCAGUAUGUAUGGGUGUAUAGGGUGUAUGUAUGGGUGUGUAGGGUGUAUGUAUGAGUGUAUAGGGCAUGUAUAUGUAUAUUUGUAUGCUGUAUAAAUGGAUUGAAUAGAUUAUGGAUACCUAUUUUUAUACAGUACCUAGCGAUUCUUACUUUGAAUAAACUAAUUUCGACAAACACACACACUAAUUCUGUCACCCUGAGAGUAUGUAUGGGUGUAUAUUGUAUGUAUAUGAAUAGUUGUAUGCUGUAUAAAUGGAUUGAAUAGAUAAUGGAUACAUAUUUUUCUACUGUAGAUAGCGAUUCUUACUUUGAAUAAACUCAUUUCGACAAACA